GUUCGCCUCUCUUUGACCCCAGGUUAGUCGAAUACAAAAUGGAGGUGGAUAAUAAAUUGUCACAAAAUUGAAAUACAUGAUGGCAAAAAUAAACAGACCGACACCAGAAUUUGAUGAAAAUCCAUAUUUGGAAUCGUUUGAAAGCUUGACCCUAGAUCUAGGGCCUGCGGAGACCGUCCACCAUUGGGCAAAACUCCCAGAGUGCGAUGAGUUCGUUGGCUCAAGGAGAAGCAAGCAUACAGUAGUUGCUUGGGGUGAUGCAUUGUACAUAUUUGGAGGAGAUAAUGGAAAGAGAAUGUUGAAUGACCUUCUUCGGUUCGACCUGAAGGACUGUUCCUGGGGACGUGUUGUGACAACAGGGUCACCCCCAGCCCCACGAUAUCAUCACUCGGCUGUCGUCUUUGCAAACAGCAUGUUUGUUUUUGGAGGCUAUACAGGAGAUAUUUAUUCAAACUCCAAUUUACGAAACAAGAAUGAUUUAUUUGAAUACCGCUUCAACACAGGACAGUGGUUGGAGUGGCAACUUCAUGGAAGGAUUCCAGUGGCAAGAUCUGCACAUGGGGCCGUUGUCUACAAGAACAAUAUGUGGAUAUUUGCUGGUUACGAUGGCAAUGCAAGGCUCAAUGACAUGUGGAACAUUUGUUUAUCCGAUCCAUCACCGAACUGGCACGAGGUCCAGCAACAAGGCAAGAGGCCGCCUACUUGCUGCAAUUUUCCAAUCACAGUUGCCAAGGACAGUAUGUAUGUGUUUUCAGGGCAAAGUGGCGCAAAAAUCACCAAUGAUCUGUUCCAGUUCAACUUUGCAGAGAGAAGAUGGGCGCGGAUUGCGACUGAACACCUCCUCAGGGGCACUCCGCCGCCUCCUUCAAGAAGAUAUGGCCACACCAUGGUCGCCCAUGAUCGCCACCUCUAUGUUUUCGGUGGAGCUGCGGACAACACGCUACCCAGUGAUUUAUUCUGGUAUGAUCUUGAAACUCAAACAUGGGAUAUUAUCCAACCCACUUCGGACAGCCAGAUUCCAAGUGGACGCCUUUUUCAUGAUGCUGACGUCAUCGGCAAUAAAAUGUACAUUUUCGGUGGCACCGUGGACAACAACAUACGCAGCGGCGAGUUGUACCAGUUUAUUUUCUCAAGUUACCCAAGAUGCACCUUGAAUGACGAUUAUGGCCGGCUUCUUGAGAGUGGACAGUUUUGCGACACUGAAUUUGUUUUUGAUGGAAAGAGCCCUAUCAAAGCGCAUGCCACCAUUGUUGCUGCCCGCUCCCCUUAUCUCAGGCAGAAGUUAUUGGCCUUGAAGAAGGGGCAAGAGGAAGAUCAGGCGUCACAACCAGACCAAGAUGCUCUUCGAAGUUUUCGGGUUGACAUUGGAAGCAUUGAUAUCUUGUCAUUCAAAGUGGUUCUCUGGUUCAUGUACACCGACCAGAUUUACCCUCUUAUCAAAGAUGAGCAUGGGAAUGCAACUGAUGUUAUGAGAUUGAUGAUGGAUGUCUACAGCCUCGCGCUUAAGUUUGAACUGGUUCGCCUUGAAACGCUUUGCACGCAAUACAUUGAAGCCUCGAUUACGACAGAAAACGUUCUUGUCGCUCUGGAAUGUGCUCAAGAGCUUGGACUAGAGUUCAUCAAGGAGUAUUGUAUGAGAUUCAUUGUGCGUGAGGUUAACUUCAACGUCAUAAUCAUGAGUAGUGAAUUCGAGGCUCUUUCAAAGACGCUCAUGGUCGAAAUUAUCAGAAGGAGGCAGCUGCAGCUGCAAUACCCGCUGCCUGAACCACAGACCCCUCCUGCUUCAAAAGUCCCAACAUUAUUGGAUGACAUGAACUCGCUGCUGCGCGGUGAAGUUGCUGCGGAGUUCCAGGAUGUAGAACUUUUGCUGAACGAGAAUCCAAUCAAAGCUCAUAAGGCAGUGCUCGCAGCGAGAAGUGGAUAUUUCGAAGCAAUGUUUCGCUCGUUCAGUCCACAAAACAACAGAGUCAAUGUUUCUAUUGGCGAUAUGGUCCCAUCUCCGCAGUCAUUUAAUUCGCUUCUUCGGUACAUUUAUACUGGCGAUGUUUCGAUGCCCCCAGAGGAUUCCCUUUAUCUGUUUUCUGCCCCUUUUUACUACGCAUUCACCAAUAGCAGACUGCAGGCUUUCUGCAAACAAAAUUUGGAGAUGAACGUUUCCGUGAAGAAUGUGAUUCAGAUCUUAGAAGCAGCUCACAGCAUUGGUGCCAUGGACAUGGAGCAUUAUGCCCUCAGUAUUAUCGUUCAAUAUUUCCCUAAGGUCGCCAGGCUUCAAGAUUUCCGACGCUUGAGCAAGGAGUUGUUACUUGGCAUCUUGGAUGCGAUUGCCGACUACAUGCAGUCUGGACAGCAAUUCGAUUUCGUUCCGUACCAUCCCCAGAUAGAAAAUGUCGAUUUUAAAGACCAUAAAGAUGCAAGUUAAGACUUUAGCCAAUCGCCUUUUCGCCCUAUGUACAUCAGAAUCAUUUCUAUGAAAUUAGAUAAAUAGAAUUCUCGUGUUAGAAAUUGCAAGAUGGCACGUAAAUGUGGAAACUUUCUCAACGAAAGUAAGUAGCGUCAGGACAUUGCCUAAUAGCUAACAGAAAACUAUAUCCAGAUGCGAAUUGAAAAUUAAUUGAGUUUGUGAACUUUAGAUAAUUUGUUCUGUUCAACUUUUUGUCCUUAUCUGUUGUUUUAUAGUUUUGUUAUUUUUCUUUCCUUUUUAUGCUUUUUGUCUUAGGCAAGUGUCUUAGUAGAAUCCAUUAAUUGAUGUAAAUUUAGCGGACCUGAAUUUAGCAAUCUCUAACAACUGCAGUUUCACUAUGGUCCACAUCGGGUUGGCUGCCCCUUUUUUGUAAAGAACGAUUAGUGUUGGUAGUUUAAGUUUCCCCAUAAUGCAAUUUGUUCUUGGCAAAAUAUUUUUCUUUUUCAAUUUUAAAUUUCUAGCAUUGAUUUUUGCGUGGUUGGAGUUUAUUCUAAAUCGCUUCAAGCAAUUUGACAGUGAAUUAGUUGAAAAGAAAAGAUGCGACUCUGUUCUCUGCAGAAGCCUGAUUUUGGGAUGUAUCUUAAAAUAAACUUGAUUUGUCUUCGUAAAAAUUCUUGUGAGGUAUCUAACACUGUAUAGCUAGGCAUUUGAUAUAUGUGUAGAUUAAUUACUGUCCUGGUGUUGCGUAUAUGUAAAUAAAAUCGGAUCAUCUCGCAUUCUCUGUAAUUUUUAUAUUAUUUAUACGUAAUUUGUCAUAA